UGCUGUCAGCAGGAAGUGAAGGGGGGGAGGUGACAGAGAGCAAAAGAGAAAGGGAACGCUGGAGAGAGAGAGCUCAUUCACUUCAACCACAGCUGACAAAAAAAACCUACAAAGUGCACCGCAGGAUUUUGAAAGAUAUGACUUCAUUACAGGCUGGACAAAGAGCUCUCUCCCUUUCUGCCAAUGUGAUAAUGGCCUCCACCACUUUUAUAAAAGACACAGGCUGCACUGGUAUCCUGCGCCUCCUCCUAUUAGGAAUACUUCUGCCAUCUGUAUUGGUGUCAGGCCAAAGUUCUGGUGUCUCCACUGUUGCAUCCGCAGCCGCAUCCACCAUCACCACUGAAGCCACAACAACCACUAGCACCACCACCUCUGAAAGCACAACAACCAGCACCACUACACAGCCCCCCAGCUCUACCACCGCCAUAGCCACAGGAAGCACAGCAACCUCAACUACCAUCCAGCCCAGUCCUAUGACAACCACUGCCAGCACAGCAACCACCCAGUCUGCCACCUCUGGAGUUGGUUCAGUUGCCAUGACCCAAUCCAGUACCACCAUGAUGGUCUCAGGUUCGACCAGUUCAUCUUCCUCCAUGACUUCUGGUUCCUCAACUUCAACGAUCAACUCCACUGGUAACAUGUCUGGAGUGAAUGGAACUACUAUGUCAAAUCUUACUUCAAUGAGCAUGAUAUACUGUCCCUCAUUCAUGUGUAACUACUCAGACUGCUACACAAUGUACACCAGUCAGAAUGCCACUUCAUGUGCUGCUGGUGCCUAUUGUCAGCUGUUAAGACAGAUGGACAUGUGCUACAUUGUGAGCUGCAGUGCCUCUUGUGCUGAUAGCUGCUUCAAAGCCUCUCAGACCAACUGCUCUGUGGACUGCUGCAAUUCUACUGGAUGCCUCAAUAGCAGUUUUGCAUCCAUGAUGAUAACAACCACAGUAAUUGCAACCACAACAACAACCACGCCAGUUCCUAAAACGACUGCCAUCAGUCCGCAAACAACAGCAAACAAGGGAAACAAAUGCCACAGUGGUGUAUGUACUGGUACAGAUUGCUACACAGAUUUUAGAAAAUCAGCGCUUCAAACAUGCUCCUCCUCACAGCCACACUGUCAGCUGACAAAAGAAACUGUGAAUACCAACUUGCAAUGGACAGCAGGUUGCACCACCAACUGUUCUACCAAAACCCCAUGCAAGGCCUCUACACAACCUCCAUGUCAUUUGGAGUGCUGCAACGCCACUAUGACCUCCUGCCUAUGGUUGAAUGGCACCCUGAAUGUCCCCUCUUUCGCCACAAGAGGUCCUCAUCUUAACACAGAAUUGAUUGCUUCUUUACUUUGCCUGCUUGCCAUCACUUUGCUGCUGUAAGUGACUGAGUACAAUCUUGCUCAGCUGCUGUGCGGGUCAUUAGGUAACCAAAACUUUGUGUAACGCCCAGUCCCUCUAGACAAAAAAAGCUUAGCAGUGCAGAGGUUAACACUACUUCAUAUACACUCAUUUAUCUCACUGAUAUUCAAACGUGAUUGUACUGUAUAUAUGUAUGGAAUUGUGUAAAGCCUCAGUUACAAUGUUGAUUUUCUUUCUUGUUUUAUUAAAACUUCCCAAUCACGUUUUAUCUCUGGUUCAAGACCAAUGAAAAAUGGCUUUGAACAGUAUUUCUAAAUGAAAAACUAUAUCAAAACAUGCCAUAAGCAACUCAGUCUUCACAUGACUUCACAUUUAGGGUGCAAAUCACCUUUACAUUCAAUAAUAUGAUAUAUUAAAAUGAAGUUUGUUCUCAGUGAAGUUUUCAUAACUCAUUUUAAAUUGCUACACAACUUGUAAUUUGUUUUAGCCAUGACCUUGCCCACAACUGUAAUUGAAUUCAGAUAGUGUCUUCCUAAAGAAAGCCAAAAACUGUUUUGUUUGUGCAUUCCCACUUGAAUGGGUAAGUGAGCCUAAACUCAACAUCUCUGUUAAUGUGGUUGUAAAUGUUUUAUUACCAAAACCUCUCCCUAGAUUUUCACCUCUUCAAGCCAUUGUGAGAGUGACGCAGCUAUGACUCUAUAUGCACUUUAUGAAACAAAUGUUUGAGCUGUUACAGGGUGUUGUAAAGGUUUUCUGUAGAUGUAAUCAUAAUAAAAUGUGCAAUUUAGUA